UGAACGUUGACGGCGAAGAAUUUUCUUGAAUACUUUUAAAUAUGAUCGGUAACAAAGCCAAAUUAGAAGAAGACGGUAAAGCAAUUACAAAUAGCGAUUCAAAUAUACGUUUAUCGAGAAAGCAGAGCAGAGGUAAUUUGGAAGAAGCGAAACAAAACAAGAAAAUUACUCGUUUGAUGACCGUUUUCGCUUACGUUUUCUUCGUAUCUUUGGCUGCAAUUGUUUUAUCUUUAUAUUAUAUAUUCAUUUGGAGUCCUAAUAUGCAAAUUAACAAUGUGAGUAAUUCGGAAAAUUAUUAUUUUCACGCUCAACCACUCGUGUUUCCAUCUCCGGAUCCUUGGAGAUAUUCCUCAUUUCCUUCGACUCCCGAAGAGAAGAUAUUGGAUUCAACAGAGAACCUUACUAUAUUGGAUAGUAACUAUAAUAUAAAUGAUGGGAAACGUGAUUCAGAAAAUAAUACAGAUAAUUACGAAUCAGAAAAUAAGACGGAUAAUCAAAAUUAA